UCGUCGCCAUUUUGAAGCGGUGCUCCUGAAAGAAGGCAGAGCAAGAGAAGGGACUGGGAAAAAAAAAUCCCGUUGCAUUCUUUUGGGAAGGUGUUAUGGAAGCAGACAGCAAUAUUACGGCACUCAUCUCAAACUUUGGGGAACAGGAAGCUGUGCUGAUCUCAGAAGCAGUCAUAAACCAAAGUUUAGAGAGUGGUGAAAAUCAGAAGAAAUGUAAUCCUGAUCCAUUAAUCCAAGUCAUCCAAAAACUGAGCAAGAUUGUUCAGAGCGAAAAGUCACAGAAAUGUCUUCUAAUAGGGAAAAAACGGUUGUACCCCAAUGUCUCUCCGCUGUCACUUGAGUCACAAACCCUCCCAGAGACCCCAGCUAAGACUAUGGAGCUGCCUGCUCUGGGCACAAUAAACAUUGACGAUUACUAUGUGGCAGACACUCCUCCCCCAAAUAAGAGGAAGGCAGUUUGCUAUCAGUGUAAUAUCUGUAAAUCUCUUUCUCCCACACUUACCCUAUUAAAAGAACACAUAAAACAACACGGACAGCAGAACGAGAUAAUACUGAUGUGUUCAGUGUGUAGUUUUGCCACUCGAAGUUUAGAAGAGUUUGAAGCGCAUGUCAGAUGUCACCCUGAAACUGGUGACAAACCCCACACUGUGUCCAAGGAGCAGCAGUGUGUGAGUUUUGUAGAUGCCACUGUUCUUGGGCCGGGGGAAAGUUUUGUCAAAGUAGGCACCGAUCAGGGGGCACAAGUUCAGUCUGCCUGUGUGACUGAAAAGGGAAGGCGAAAAUGGUAUACCUAUGAGCAGUAUGGGAUGUACCGAUGCUUAAUUUGUAGUUACACCUGUGGUCAGCAAAGAAUGUUAAAAACACACGCCUGGAAACAUGCAGGCGAAGUUGAUUGCUCAUAUCCAAUAUUUGAAGAAGAAGACGAGGAAGUUACGUUGCCAGAUUCUGCAGUAGCAAGAGUCCCGCAUAACGUAGAUACUGUUGUUCUUUCACUGGAAAAUAACGAGCUGAGUCUUUGUGGUGAUCAGACUGUUCAACUCCAUAUUUGUAGUCCAGAGCAAAUAGCAUAUAAAACUUCACCUGCCAAAGAACCUAUAAAAGACGAGGCCGUCUUAAGUCCAUCAGCUACACCUUCACCUUCAGGCAAACUGUUAGAGGAGACAAUGUCUGAUACAGAUCUGGAACAAGAGAGUUCAGUAACUGACAGCCUGCUUUCAUCAGCCCAGAAAAUCAUUAGCUGCAGCCCAAAUAAAAAGGGUCAUGUUAACGUUAUAGUGGAACGUUUACCAAGUGCUGAGGAAUCUGUCUUGCAGAAGCCUUACUCGAUGGACAGUGACACUGAGGCUGAUAAAAAGUUCAUAUCAGAGCAGACUUGCGUGACACGGGAUGAAUCUGGGGAUGUUUAUCAUAUGGAUAAAAAUCCCGUUGAAUUGGAAGAAGUGAUCAUCGGGUGGAGCACCACAGAGAAGAAAGAUAGUGAAUUUAAUGCUGCCAGAGCUAAAGCAACAGAUGAAAACGCCCCUCCCACAAGAAGAAGAACGAAUUCUGAGUCCUUAAGGCUGCACUCCCUCGCUGCUGAAGCUCUUGUUACGAUGCCUAUCCGAGCUGCAGAGCUUGCUCGGUCCAGCUUCCGAGCUUUUGCCGAAGUAAACUCUUUAAGUCCAGAUGCUGGGCAGAGGCAAGCUGACAGUGGCUAUGUAGCCCAUUCCAAGCUGGUGACCACACUUAAGACUGAGGAACUGACAAGCCUAAACCAGAACGACUGUGCUUUUGUGGAAAUACAAAAGGACAAACCGGAGUUAACUGAAGGCCCCAUGAAAAUGGGCAUUAGUAUGUCUCUGCUUACCGUCAUUGAAAAACUGAAAGAGCGGACAGACCAGAACGCUUCUGAUGAUGACAUUCUGAAGGAGCUGCAGGACAAUGUCCAAUGUCAGCCUGCAACAGAUGCCAGUGUGCUGGGAAGCAACCUUGUGGAAUACAUCCCCAAUGUGGAUCGCCCCUUCCGGUGUCGCUUGUGCCACUACAGCAGUGGCAACAAGGGUUAUAUCAAACAACACUUGCGGGUGCAUCGACAGAGGCAGCCCUAUCAGUGUCCCAUCUGUGAGCACAUAGCAGACAACAGUAAGGAUUUAGAAAGCCAUAUGAUCAACCACUGCAAAACCCGAAUGUAUCAAUGCAAACAGUGUGAGGAAUCCUUUCAUUACAAGAGUCAGCUGCGAAGCCAUGAGAGGGAGCAGCACAGCCUUCCGGAAAUGUAUUCCACAGCUUCAUCAGACACACUGAUCACUUGUAACGAAGUGGAUGAAAGAGUUGGGGACAGGAUUUCAGUCCAGAAACUUUACAGAUGUGACAUUUGUGAUUACACGAGCACAACGUAUGUUGGUGUGCGGAAUCAUAGGCGGAUUCACAACUCCGAUAAGCCAUACAGAUGUCGAGUGUGCGACUUUGCCACAACUAAUAUGAACAGUUUGAAAUGCCAUAUGAGGCGACACCCACAGGAACACCAGGCAGUGCAGCUGAUGGAGCAGUUCAAAUGUUCCCUUUGUGGAUAUGUGUGUAGCCAUCCUCCUUCCCUAAAAUCUCAUAUGUGGAAACAUGCAAGUGAUGAAAACUAUAACUAUGAACAAGUGAACAAAGCUAUUAAUGAUGCAAUUUCGCAAAGUGGCAGAUUCCCAAGUCAGCUAGCUGGGAAGACAGUAACUGAAACUUCUGAAGACAGUUCCAUUUCACUGACAGAUAACUCGGAGGGGUUGACAGUUUCAGAUUUUUCUAACCAAACUACAAUCAAAACCAUUAGUUCUGAUGAAAAUCAGAAUCCUUCUGCUACAACAAAUACCUCUUGCAAUUCUGACAAAACUACUAGCCUGCCCCACCUUGGUACUGAAUACUGUGUUCUGCUCUUCUGUUGCUGUAUCUGUGGAUUUGAAUCUACCAACAAGGAGAAUUUGUUGGAUCAUAUGAAGGAGCAUGAAGGUGAAAUUAUAAACAUUAUUCUAAACAAGGACCAUAGUGCCCCUCAGAGUGUAAGCUAGAUGAAGUUGCCUGUUUAAGAUUCCUUUAAAGUGCUGUUUCCUUGGACUCUCUAACAUUUCCUGGAAUACUUGCUAAAGAACUGUGACUAAAAAGGAAAAAAAAUGCAGCAGUGUUCCUAAGUUCUGAAGUCUUUGUGUCAACAAGAAAGCGGAUUAUUUCACAAGCGCUCAAAGCAACUGAACAGUAAAUACUUCACUUAUGGUAAAGGGCCACUGAAACUGUUAUCCCCUGCUGACAGAGACAUUUCCAAUUCUUAUUACUAAUCCAGAGCAUAGUCGUAUAAUAGGAAAUUCACACUAAGGCGUUAACUUAAGGGGUUUAACCUUCCUGCCUUGUGACUAUCUAAAGAGUCUCAAAUUGGUUUCAGGUAAAUUAAAAAAACAACAACCUCAACACAACUGAUUUAUGAAGCCGCAGUUUCCCAGGGAAAGAGAGAAAGGAAGACUGAACAACGUCUUAAGCCUUGUAGUUCCUAGCUGGAUUGUUUCUUUUUCAGACUAUAGAAGAAUUCCUUCCUGUUCCGGGGAUACACACAACAUGAAACAAGUUGGUAUCUUGCUAAUUACUGUGUUUUCUAGAUCUUAGUUUCAGUAUACAAUGCUACAGUAAGAUGACCAGAAUGUAUGUAUGCCCAAAAAUGGACCCUUACGGUUCACCCAAUUUUUUAAAAUGCAAUUAGCUAUAUGGUCAGCAGGCAUUUAUCCAGUGGUGUUUCAUUUUGAUUUGCUUGAAAUGCCAUAAUUUGGAGGAGCAGCAAGGGAGAAGUACGGAAGAGGUAAACAUUGAACCUGAUUUCAAAGCAGAGGAAGGCUUCCCUCUCUAACAUUUAACAAUCCAGUCCCUUGGACUGCCUGAAGAUCAGAUGGAAAUUCAACUGGUUGGAUCCAGAAUCUGUUUCUCACAAACAGAGUCUUCUUCCAUCCAUGGGACGCUCCUGGUCCAGUGGUCAUUCUGGCAGAAUGGAGAAAGGAAAAGUUUUAUCAGCGUCCCUUCUUCACGGUCUCUGAAACCUUCUCUAGGGAAGGCAGAGUGUCCUUGCAGAACAGUGAAGAAGGCAGUGCAGGCAGCUGUAGGGUGAGAGGGACGUUUGGGGCAAAUUGCUUUCUCUCUUCCUUGCUUCCUGAAGCAAUCUGAGCAGAAAUCUAUUCGGGGGCGGUUUCUGUCAGUGGAAAACCACUCUAGAUUCAACCAGCCACAGGUAACUUACUAGACAAGAGUCCACUAACGCUGAACCGUUAGUAAUGUCAAGACAGCUACUAAGUUCACUAACAAUACAGCUGUUAAUUCUUUUCUACUAACUUUCCCACCUCUGGAUGCAACCAGGUGGAAGUGACCACAAACAAGCUAGACUUCUUUUGACGUUCUUAUGAACUGGCCACUACAGGUGUUGAAUUGGCUUAAUGUUUUAGCUCCCCAAAAGGGCUUCUUUCACAUCUUGCUCAAAGCCUUGAGCUCUUUUCCUUUGGCUACAAUUCUGGCACAUGGUUUGGCAGCUUAUCCUCUGUUUACCAAAGUGAACAGCUCACUUUCAGACAUUUUCUUCAUUAUAUGUCCUUCAGUUUGAACCCUCUCCCAGUUCAGAGGUGGGAAAGUUCAUGCCAUGUCCCUGCACGUCCUUUUACAUAGUGUGGGCAGCGUAUAAUUUAAAUAGAUAAAAAUAAAUAAUAAUAUUUCGUUGCUUACAAAAUGAUUGUACACAAAUCUGAACUAGUGUUUCAAGGAGUGUAGGUUAUAUUUCUUGUGUAUCUAAUUUACAACCAUAGGCUGCAAUAAAUAAGC